AUGGCGGCGCCGCCUUACAAAGUAACACCACUUAGCCGUUAUUAUUUUGGUGGUUGUUUUGGGAAGUAUAAUAUGGCCCGCCUCCUUGCGAGUUUGCGUAAUGAUGUAAAAAUCAACCUCCCGCUACAUAUCUAUCUAUCUAUCUAUCUAUCUAUCUAUCUAUCUAUCUUCUGUUCAUAUCUAUAUAUCUAUCUAUCGCAGUCUGUUCAUUAUCUAUCUAUCUAUCUAUCUAUCUAUCUGGUAGAACCUCACUCAACACCUCUCUCUCUUUCUUUCUCUCUCAAUAUUCCCCGUUAUAUCUACCUAUCUAUCUAUGGAGAGAGUGUGAUUCUUUUAACUACUUGUGAAUCUUCCUUUCAUUUAUACUUUUAUUAUAUUCUUUUUCUGUCAUCAUUAUUCCUCCUCCUCUUUUCUUCUUGUUCUUUCUCUUUUCCUAUUUUAUAUCUUUCUUCCUUCUUUUAUUUGAUAUUCUUUCAUUCUACUUAUUUUUUUUCCAAUUAUUUACUAUUUAUACUUUAUAUAGUUUUUUUUUUCUGUUUCCCCCCUGGCCCCCUUUCUUUGUUGUUUGUUGUAAUUGUUGUCAUCAUGAUCAUCAGUCAUCUUUCGUCUCUUUUUUCUUCUACUUUCACUUUCUUUUUUGAUUCGGUUCUUUCUUUCAUUUUCUUAAUCUACAUUUAUCCUCAUCUGUUUCUUAUCGUUUUUCUUAAUAUUCUUUUCCUUGUAUUGCUUCUGUUUUCAUCAUUUUCUCUCUUUGAUUUGUUUAAUGAUUGCUUUGUUCUUCUUUCCAUGAAAUAA